AUGGCCGCGCUCCCGGGCGAGGCCUCCUGCCCCGUCUGCCGGGAAUAUUUCCGGGACCCCGUGUCCAUCCACUGCGGCCACCACUUCUGCCGCUCGUGCAUCGAGCGCUGCUGGGAGUGGCCCACGGGCGGCUUCGCUUGCCCGCGGUGCCGGGACACGGCCCCGGAGCGGAGCCUCCGCCCCAGCCGGGAGCUGGCGCGGGUGCUGGAGAUCGCCCGGCGGCUCAGCCGGGGGGAAGCCCUGGGGGUCGGGGGCGAGGAGGAGGAGGAGGAGGAGGAGGACGGGGAGGAAGGAUGCCGGCGGCACCGGGAGCCCCUGGAGGUUUUCUGCAAGGAGGACGGAGCGCUGCUGUGCGCGAUCUGCCGCGAGUCCCGCGCGCACCGCGCACACACCGUGCUCCCGGUGCCGGAGGCCGCCCGGGAAUUCAAGGAACAAAUCCAGGCUCGGCUGCAAACCCUGAAGGACGGCAGGGACAAACUCCUCGCGCUCCGGGAGGCUGAAAUGAGGAGAAACUGGGAGUAUUUGGAAAACACCGAAGCCGAGCGGCAGAGAAUCCUCGCUCACUUCCAGGGGCUGCGCCUCUCCCUGGAGGAGCUUUCCCGGCACCUGCUGGCCCGGCUGGGGCACCUGCAGGGCCACAUCGGGAGGGUGCAGGAGGAAAGGGUGACGAGCCUGACCCAGGAGAUCUCCCGCCUGGACGCCCGAGUCCAGGAGCUGGAGGAGAAGUGCGAGCAACCCGCCAGGACCUUCCUGCAGGACAUCAGCGGCACCUUGAGCAGCCUCGGAAAGGAAAUCCUCCAGCUGCCCCCGUCGCCUCUUCUGGAGCUGGAGAAGAGAAUUCAUCGCUUCAGGGAGGAAAAUAUUCUCCUGGAGGAGACACUGAGGAGCUUCCAAGACGUCCUGGUGUUCGAGCUGCCGGAGAAAAUGACGGUGACUCUGGACCCCAGCACGGCUCAUCCCCAGCUCCUCGUGGCGCCCGACGGGAGCAGCGUGAGCUGGGAGAGCGCCCCGGACCCUCCCGGGGACGAACCCGAACCCGAACCGGGACCGGGACCCGGACCCGGCACCGACCCCUCCGUGCUCGGCCGCGAGGGCGUCACGGCCGGGAGGCGCUGCUGGGACGUGCAGGUGGCCCCGGAGGGCUCCUGGGCCCUGGGGGGGCUCUGCCAGGGCCAGUUCUGGGCUCUCACCUCCCUGGAGCGCAUCCCGCUGUUCCCGAGCCGGGCUCCCAGCAGGGUGCGGGUGGCCCUGGACUACGAGAGGGGCCAGGUGGCUUUUUUUGACGCGGAGCAGAGGAGCCUGAUCUUCGCCUUCCCGGCCGCCUCGUUCAAGGGCCGGAGCGUCCGGCCCUGGUUCCUGGUGUGGGGCGAGGGCUCCCGGAUCACGCUGUGCCCCUGAGCUCCCCCAAAUCCCGGGGGUUCUCACCAUUCCCGCCGCUUCCAGGGAUUUGUGCCCUCCCGAGUCUCUUCCCGCUCCCUCGGGGUCGCUGCCCCAAAUGUGGGGGCUGCGAGCGGAGCCGCGUCUGUCCCGCCCCACUCCCUUCCCUCUCCUCCGACUUUGGAUGAAGCGAAAACUCAACAUUCACGCGUUUAAACUUCUUCUCUGUUCGGUCUUUCCUGCUCCUGGGAUGUCGGGAUCGAGCCGGAAUUUCGUUUAAUGAAACCCCAUUUUGUCUAAUGAAACCCCAUUUUGU